AUGGGUGUAGAGCAGUUCGAGUUGUCCAGAACCACAUUCGUCCGUCGUUGCGACGACGAUGUUGGUGGAGUGAGGUCUCUUUGCUUUUCGAACAAGCCUGGAGCUAUUCCCUUUACGAACUCUGCCGACGCUGUGGAGGAAAGCAUGGCGGUCUUGGUGCCACGAACACCGACAUCCAAAGUGGCCACGGUUCAGAGAAUUGGACGUUUCUUCCCAAGGCCAAAGAGACAGGAAUGUGUCGCGACUAUUCAGCUUUGGCAUCGAUACCUGGAGAUGUCGCCUGGAACCAAAACCUCCUCACUCUCCACGUCUCCACGGGAACGCAGCUGA